AUGGACAGGAACUACGCGACCUCCGGCUUCGCCGACCCGCCGCCGCCGCCGCCCGCGCCCCCCGCCGCCGCCGCCCGCGCCCCCGCGCCGCCCCCCGCCCCCGCCUGGGCCUACGAGCCCCGCGCCGCGGCGGCCGCCAGCACCAGCGGCAGCGGCUGCAGCAGCCCCAGCCUCAAGGCCAGUUUAAGCUUUGAAGAAGGACAUCCCUCACUCUCUGAAACAAAUCGCCUUCAGAAACAGACUUUUGCAGCCUCUCAUCAACUUCCUGGAUAUCCUACCACACCUCAGCCAACCGGUCUUUCUGGAAUAUUUGAUACUGGUGUGAACAGUGCCAGCACUAACACUAAGGAAUCUCCAGUAAUGAACUUUCUCUCUUCUGUUGAAUCUCAAACAGCUCAGGCUGCUUCUUCAGGAACUUCUUUACCACAAUUCAGGGCUCCAUCCUGGCAGACAGGUAUGCAUUCCUCAGCAGCAACUGAGCUGUUCGUUACUGGACCUUUGCCAACCACUGGAACACUUUCGCCUUCUGCCCUCUCUGCUUAUCAGCAUCCCACCACCUUCAACAAUAGAAACUUUGCUACCACCUCACCUUUGGUGCUUCAGGAUUCAAGUUUUAACACUACAUCAAAUGGAAUUCUAAAUCCUCAUGACCCUUUGCUACAAAUCAAAACUUCCCAGGGAACUGUUCCAACUGCUUUGACAUUUGAGCGCCUGGGCAGUUCUGUGUUAUGUAAUAGCGUACCACCUCAGUCCUCAACGUAUCGCUCAGCUCAAGAGUCUGCACCCCAUCUCUUACAACCUCAGUUCAGUUUGUUGCCUUCAGCACUUGGGGGAACCCAGCAAAUGCCUCAAGCCUACAGUUCAACUCUGUUUACUAAUUCUACUGCUUCCAUUGAAAGAGCUCUUCGAGAAUGUAGUGUUAUUAAACACCAUCAGCGGCCUUCAAGUACCCAGUCUAUUCAGGCACAACUGACUGGUUCACAGCAUUCCUUACAUAGUUAUCUAUCAAAUGCAAAUGCAGUUAAUUUUCAGGAAACAAGCAGGCAGUCAUCUUUGUCCUGUAGCCCAAUUGGAGAGUCCACUCAGGUGAGCAAUGGAGGACUGCAGCAGAAGACCUCCCAGGUAUCAGUGGAACUUGCUCAAUCUUACUCAUCUGUAAUUCCAUCAUCAGGAUAUCCUCCCUCCACUAUAUUAGUGAAGAGCUGUUCUGCAAAGCAACCACUCACAUCAACUAAGAACCCCAAACCUCAAAGUAUAAUUCCUCCUGUGCAAACACUAAGCUAUUCCAAACCUUUGCAUAACCAGAGUUCUGUAAUAUCAGGCCAAGCACAAAUUUAUUCUACAGCACAACUACCAAGCCUUUUGUCAGUUAGUCAGUCCCAAAAUUAUGGUUUAGUACAACCACAUAAUGUGCCAUCUAUUGUUCAUUCACAGGUUUAUAAAUCCAGCAAAGUUGAAAAGUUGCCAUCCUUAUAUAAAACAUUGACUUAUUCUGGUUCAUCUCAGACUGUAACUUCCGAAAAUCAGACACUUAAUUAUUCUAAUCCGCAAGAGGUGUUACCCUCAGUUACAAAUGAGAAUUACCCUGCUCAAACAAGAGAUCUAUCUUCAGUUAGCCAGUCUCAGAGUUACUCAUCUGGUCAUUCUCAGGGUUUAUCACCAGCUAACCAGACACAGGUUAAUUAUUCAUCUCAAUCACAAGGUUUGUCCGUUGUUAGUCCUUCAGAAAGCUAUGCGUCAGGGCAGUCCCUAACAUUAACAGCUCCUUCUCUUUCUUAUUCUUCCGCCUCUCAGGCUCAGUGUUUGCCAGAAUCUAGCACAACCCAGAAUUUUAUUUCUAUGCACUCUUCCCAAAAUGCUCAAGCUCAAGGGUCAUCAUCUCCCCAAUCCCAAAAGUUUUUGCCUCCCAUCCAGUCAUCAUCUUUUACGUCCUCUACUCAUUGUCAGACAUUACAAAAUAGCAUACCUUCCCCUGAUCCAAAGUCUUAUGCUGAAAGGAAACUUGACUCAAAUGUGUAUACAUCUUCAAAGCAAAAAGAAGAUUUUCCGAUGCAAGAAUUACAAGUAUUACAGCCACAAGUAUCUCUUGAGUCAUCAACCCAAAGGCUAUCUGAUGGGGAAAUUAAUGUUCAAGAAUCAACUUAUAAGGUAUCAAAGGCAGACGACACAUACUCUCAGAGUGUAAUCAGAAGUAAUUCCCAUCUUGAAGAUCACAUUGUUGGGAUUGCUUUACAAAGUUCAAAAAAAGAAGAAAGUAUGGUUGGUUCAGUGGCACAACUUAACCAACAAAUUGGCCAAGUCAGUAGUGCCGCAACCCUUGAUAUUAAGAAGGCAACUGAUUUAAUGCAAACUCCACAAAUAACAUUGAAUACUAAAGACCUAAACCAGCAGGUCUCUCAGCAGCAUUCUCUAAUACAUAAGGUACAUGAUGUCAAAGUCCAGGAGCAGCAUGAUCAAAUAAUUAAUGCAUCAUCUCAGAUUCAAAUUCCAAAUCAUACUUUAGGGCAGGGCCAUCAGGCAUCUCUUUCUAAUACACAGAUCCUUUUAGAUUCUCCCUGUGACUUACAAAUUCUCCAGCAGUCGAUGCUGCAGGCAGGUUUAGGACAGGUAAAGGCGUCUUUACAUCAUGUUCCAAGUCCUCAACAAAUAGUGCAUCCUUUUCUUCAAAUGGAUAGUCAUAUUAUUCAGAGCAAUGGUGACCAUUCUCAGCAGCAACUCCAUACCCAAAAUUCUGAAAUUAUGAAAAUGGACCUCUCUGAGUCUUCAAAACCUUUACAACAACAUCUAACAACAAAGGGCCAUUUUAGUGAAACAAAUCAACAUGAUUCAAAGAAUCAUUUUGUCUCCCUUGGAUCAAUAUGUUUCCCAGAGGCAAUUCUUCUCAAUGAUGAAAGAAAUAUUUUAUCAAAUGUGGAUGAUAUCUUAGCAGCUACAGCAGCAGCUUGUGGGGUUACACCUUCUGAUUUUUCCAAGUCAACUUCAAAUGAAACCAUUCCAACUGUUGAAGAUGGUGAUUCUAAAUCUCAUUUUCAGCAGUCAUUAGAUGUCGGGCAUGUAAGUUCAGAUUUUAACUCUAUAACAGCUACAGUAGGAAAGCCACAGAAUAUAAAUGAUAUUUCCUUAAAUGGAAGUCAAGUUACAGUAAACCUUUCACCAGUACCUAUCCUUCAGUCAAAAAUGACUCUUGAUCAACAGCACAUUGAAACACCAGGUCAAAAUAAAGCAUCUAAACUAACUUCACCAGUGACUGGACCAAGCCAUGAAGUCCAGGAGCAAAGGUCUGGCCCAUUCAAGAAACAGCCUGCUACCAAUCAUGACUUUGAAGACGAUUGUGAAGUUCCUGUAGAUAGUUCAUUAAAUAAUAACAGAAACCAAGAGUUCGUUUCCAGUAGCAGAAGUAUAAGUGGAGAGAGUGCUACAUCAGAGAGUGAAUUCACCGUAGGGGGUGAUGACGGUGGUGUGUCAGUGAACCUGACAAGGAGUGCACUUGCACUGUUGGCCAUGGCCCAACCUGGGGAGGCAUUAAGUGUCAAGAUUGAGGAGGAAAACCAAGAUUUAAUGCAUCUUAACCUUCAGAAGAAAAAAACUAAAGGCAAAGGGCAAACUAAAGAGGAAGAGAACAGUAAUCCGAAACAGCUGAAAAGACCCGUCCAAAGCAAACGCCAAAAUUCAAAGGGAACAGAUAUAUAUUUGCCGUAUACUCCUCCUCCCUCAGAAGGCUGCCAUGAUGUUUAUCAGCAUCAAGAAAAAAUGAGACAGAAGAUCAAAGAAGUAGAGGAAAAACAGCCAGAAGUCAAAACGGGAUUUAUUGCCUCUUUCUUAGAUUUUUUGAAAUCUGGGCCCAAGCAGCAGUUUUCCACUCUUGCUGUACGAAUGCCUAACAGGACUAGACGACCAGGAACCCAGAUUGUCCGUGCAUUUUGUCCCCCCCCAUUUCCAAAGACUUCAUCUACAAUCCCCGCACCUUCAGUGUCUGAAACGGGGGGUAACAGUCCAUCAGAAAAAGCUGAUAACGAACUUAAAAACUUAGAACAUUUACCUUCAUUCUCAUCUGAUGAAGAUGAUUCUGGAGCAUGCAAUAAUGACAUUUGUAAAAGCACCUCUACUACCUUAAGUACUUUGGAUGCUACUUCUGAUAAAAAAAAGGAAACAGUUUCAGAAGCCCUACAGGUGGUAACUACUAGCCUAACUGCCAAUACUACUGGUACUGCUACUACUUCCUCCACCUCUGUGGGUACAAUUAAGCAAGAACCUCUCUACUCUACUUCAUCUGCAGUAAAUAUCCUGGAAAAUAAAGGCUCUACUGAACUCUCAAAGCCCAUUGAACUUGAUGGUCUUCCUUCAAAUCAAUUUGCAAAAGGACAAGACACUAUUGCCAUAGAAGGUUUUACAGAUGAUGAGAACACAGAAAGUGGAGGAGAAGGCCAAUACAGAGAACGUGAUGAGUUUGUGGUAAAGAUAGAAGACAUAGAGACUUUUAAGGAGGCUUUAAAAACAGGAAAAGAACCGCCAGCUAUUUGGAAAGUACAAAAAGCUUUAUUACAGAAGUUUGUUCCUGAAAUUCGAGUUGGGCAAAGGGAAUUUGCUGCUACAAAUAGUUACCUUGGAUAUUUUGGAGACGCAAAGAGUAAAUACAAAAGGAUAUAUGUGAAGUUCAUUGAAAACACAAACAAAAAGGAGUAUGUCAGAGUGUGUUCCAAAAAGCCAAGAAAUAAGCCUUCACAAACUAGCAGAACUGUUCAGGCAAAGCCUAGUAAUAGCAGUAAAACUUCUGAUCCUCCACCACCCAAAACUACAACUACAAAAGCCUCUUCCACGAAACCCAAAGGGAAACAGCUAAAAGUAAAGGCUGAGCCACCACCAAAGAAACGGAAGAAAUGGAAAGAAGAAUUUUCAUCAUCCCAGUCUGACUCAUCUCCUGAGAUCCAUUCUAGUAGUAAUGAUGAGGAAUUUGAUCCUCCAGCUCCCUUUGUCACUCGUUUUUUGAACACAAGAGCAAUGAAGGAAACCUUUAAGAGUUACAUGGAAUUGCUUGUUAGCAUUGCUUUGGACCCCGACACAAUGCAAGCCUUAGAGAAGAGCAAUGAUGAGCUACUUUUGCCUCAUAUGAAAAAAAUAGAUAGCAUGCUGAAUGAUAACCGAAGAAGACUUCUUUUGAAUCUUCAUUUGGAUCAAUCAUUCAAGAAUGCUUUGGAACGUUUUCCUGAACUAACAAUAAUUACUCGAGACUCUAAAGCAAAAAGUGGGGGAUCUGCUGUUUCUAAAAUCAAAAUGAAUGGCAAAGCUUAUAAUAAGAAAACUCUAAGGACUUCUAAAACAACCGUUAAAUCUGCACAAGAGUUUGCUGUUGAUCCAGAGAAAAUACAGCUAUAUUCUUUGUAUCAUUCACUCCAUCAUUAUAAAUAUCAUGUUUAUCUGAUAUGUAAAAAUGAGAUCUCUUCUGUGCAGAAGAAAAAUGGAGAUUUAGGACAGGAAGAAAUUGUUCAACUUUGUAUGAAAAAUGUAAAAUGGGUAGAAGACCUAUUUGAAAAAUUUGGAGAACUUCUAAAUCAUGUACAGCAGAAAUGCUCCUAA